UAUGGGGAACUAAAAAUGGGGGGGCUCGCUCAUCGAGAAAAACCUUGUACGGACUGAACACAGAUAUCCUGCAUGACACCCGUUUUUGUCUUAAUAUUUGCAGACACUUUUCUAUGUUGUAUCGAUAUAAUCUUAAUCUUAAUUAACAACAUUGCCCUCCUCAUAAUUAUUUUCAGACCAAACCUUGUUGUUGCCUGGGGUGUUUCUGGUUCCGUAGCUUCUUGCAUUUGUCCAGAACCACAAGUCCAGAAGCAGACAAGUGGUAGUUUAGUGACUGCAUACAUGCCGGGAUGAUGACAAUUGUUUUUUAUCAGUGGAUAUAAAUCCUGUUCUCUGUACUGUCAAUCUCUUUCAGUAAACGAAAAAGCUUUAGAAAUCGUGAUUUAGCUAUGGAGGAGGAGAAAAAGGAAGUGAAUAUGUCACAUUCAGAACCUGAGUCCAGUUCCAAAUAUGAGUUCCCGUGGCGCGGGUUUGGAUUCUUACGUAAAUUUAGGAAACCCCCGACGGGUACACAUUCCUAUUAUCCUUCUCUGCCCUCACAGAAAAAGCUCAUUAAAUCAAAAAGUAGAAAUUCGACGAAGAGCAUGCCACCAGGACUGCCUUCCCAGCUGGAUUCUGAUUUCUAUUGCUUCGAGUCUUCAUGGCUGAAUUUUACACUCUCUGAUCUCCAAAAUGCAACCAACAACUUUAGCCGAGAAAAUAUUAUUGGAGAAGGAGGGUAUUCUGAAGUUUACAAAGGGGUUUUAAAAGAUGGAAAAAUUGUAGCAAUUAAAAGGCUGACGAGGGGAACCCCUGAAGAGAUGACAUCAGAUUUUUUAUCCGAGCUUGGGAUUUUAGUCCAUGUUAACCACCCUAAUAUUGCCAAUGUUUUUGGAUACGGAGUUGAGGGUGGAAUGCAUCUUGUUCUGCCAUUAUCCCCCCAUGGAAGCUUAGCGUCACUCCUAACUGAUGAGAAGCAUAAGCUAAAGUGGGGAAUCAGAUAUAACAUUGCUAUAGGCGUUGCUGCAGGCCUUUCCUAUCUUCAUGAAGGCUGUCAAAGGAGAAUAAUUCAUAGAGAUAUUAAGGCUGCUAACAUUUUGCUUACUGAAGAUUUCGAGCCCCAGAUAUGUGAUUUUGGGCUAGCAAAGUGGCUACCAGAUCAAUGGGCGCAUGUCACUGUAUCACAAUAUGAAGGAACUUUCGGCUAUCUUCCCCCAGAAUUCUUUUUGCAAGGAGUAGUAGAUGAAAAAACUGAUGUCUAUGCUUUUGGAGUACUUGUAUUGGAGCUUAUAACUGGACGCCCAGCAAUAAGCAAGUCACAAAAAAGUCUUGUGAUGUGGGCUAGACCUCUGAUCACCAAGAAAAGUAUUGAAGAGCUUAUUGAUCCAUUGCUUGCUGGUCUGCACGAUGCAGAGCAGAUGAAUCGCAUGAUUGCAGUUGCUUCUAUGUGCAUACAUGAGUGUUCAACUGAGAGGCCCCAAAUGAGCCAGGUCAUUCGGAUCUUAAAGGGCAAUGAAGGAAUCUUAGGUAGUGGCAGAAGAAAGUUCCAGAAAAGACCUGCUUUCAAGCGGACAUGUUCAGCGGAUUUCUCUAUGAUGGAAGAUGGUAACAGCCCUGCACCUCUGAAUGAUCUAAGUCCACAAAAUAAACUUAGACUGGAGCUCUAAGAUCUCAAAGGGGUGAUGACUGCAGUAAUAGUUCUUAGAGCAAGUAAUGAGUUCUGUGAGUUAUUGUUGCGCACUAAUGAUCCAAGAAAUGGCAUGAAGUGUAAAUUAUCAGAAUCCUAAUAUAACAAACCUGUGUUGCACAAUUAAAGAAAGACCGCUUUUUCAUUGUCUUUAAAACCUAAGGUUUUGUUUCUUGCAUACAUCCACUCCUAACUAAAUAAGCGGAGACAAGACUUAGCUUAAAGGUUAGAUCUUAUAAAUGCAGUGGAAAAGCUAAUGCCACAUGUUGCAGCAAACCUAAAUUCUUGUACAGACUUUCUUAUAUUGAUCAUGGGAUACAAAAUGGUAUGUUCAGUAGGCUUUCUUGUUCAGCGUGUUGGCGCCGCUAGUAGCCUUUGGAAGAUUUCCUUUUUACUGUACCAGUCUUGUUGUGAUGUAACAUCAGUGUAGAUUCUCCUUGUUUUCACAAUACUCUCAGGUUUUGAUUUUACUUGUUUCUCUGUUUUGUGCUAGUAUAAAUUUUGUUUCUUUGUAAGUUGAUGUUGUUGAAUACUGGGGCAUCCACUUGUUUCUGUCAUAGGUGUAUGAUUUUACAUUUAUCCUACAAAUUGCACCCUUUA